GCGCAUUCGUCAUUGGUAUUUCACUGCAGAUGCUGCAAUACCUCGAACUCGAUGGAUCGUCGGCCUCCGUCUCGAAAUUCGCGCAUCUUCGGCCAGGUCAGUCUCGCUCUCAGUGUGUGCUAAUUGAGUACUCGAACGUUCAUCGCCGUACCUUUCGCCAGGUGAAGAUACAGGCUGCAAGUCGCCAGCAGCUCUCCCCGAGAGGACCACCGGGUGCUGCAGCGCACAAGCAGGCGCCAUAUUGCUGACACGGCUCUCGCCAAGAGACGUCAGCGCCGCCACCACAAGGUUUCACCACACACCAAAGCGCCACACCGCGGCAUCGUCGGCUGCGUCGGCUGCGCUUUGCGCCACGACGGACGGAUGUGCGAACAUGGAAAUAGCUAGGCUAUCAACCUUCCAAACUGGGCUCUUAACAGACUAGCAUUGCCAGCUGUCAUGCUUGGCUCGCAGCUUCCCUGACCCUGUAUCAGGAUCUGCGUAUAUGGAGCCCCGACGCUCGGUCACGUUCGCUUUCCGUUCUUGCCCGCCCCCCACUUUCCACUUCCUGGGAGCACGCGUCGCGCUCAUCACGACGGCGAGGUCCCCGGCGCGACGACGACCACGAAAGCGACAGCUGCAGCGCCAAUCACAACUGCGACGACGAUGCCAGUCUCGACAUCCGAUGCCGCGAGUCCUUUCUCGGCCGGUAGCGUGACCGCUUGCGAGUCCCCAGUCAGCUCCUCCACGUCUGACGCGUUUUCACCCCAAGGUGCGAGCUUGGCCGCGUCCCCGUCGUGUAUCCCCCCUGCGCACCCGGCCAGGACACUGGUGUUGUGUUUCGAUGGUACAGGUGACCAGUUCGAUGCGGACAACUCGAACGUGGUGCAAUUCUUCUCAAUGUUGAAGAAGGACGACCGCAGGCAGCAGAUGGUGUACUACCAGGCAGGAAUCGGCACUUACGUGACGCCUCAAAUCGCAACACCCUUCGCACCCAAGAUCUCCAAGACCCUCGACGAGGUGAUUGCCUGGAACCUCGACGCACAUGUGAUGGGAGGAUACAAGUUUCUAAUGCAGAACUACGAAGCAGGCGACAAGAUCUGCAUAUUCGGCUUCUCUCGCGGCGCAUACACCGCCCGCGCGCUCUCCGGCAUGAUCCACAAGGUCGACCUGCUCCCGGCCUGCAACCACCAGCAGGUGCCAUUCGCGUACAAGAUGUACACGCGCACAACGCCUCUCGGCUGGGCGCAGAGCACGCUGUUCAAGAAGGCCUUCUCGAUGGACAUCGACAUCGAAUUCAUCGGCGUUCGGGACACGGUGUGCUCGGUCGGGCUUUUCUCGCGCCGCCUUCCGUUCACGACGAGCAACACGUCCGUGAAGACGUUCAGGCACGCUGUUAGCCUCGAUGAGCGGCGCGCAAAGUUCAAGGCGAACUUGUUCAACUGGCCACGGGAGGAAGAGAGGCGGCUCGGUACUCAGCCGGGAGAUAUGCCCAAAGCCGGCCAGAAUGAGGACCAAUCCAAGCCUGCGGCUGCCGGCGACAAGAAGGACGACAAGACGAAGAAAAGCUCGGUCUUGUCCAAAUUCUCGAACAUGUCGAGGCACAACUCCGUGGACGACAGGCAGCGCCAGAGGGAGAUGGAACGUCAGUUCUCCGAGCAGGAGCGGUACGCGCUCGAGACGGACGUCCUGGAGGUCUGGUUCGCGGGAUGCCACUGCGACGUCGGCGGUGGGUCCGUGUCGAACGACACGCGUCACAGCCUGGCGCGCAUCCCGCUGCGGUGGAUGGUGCGCCAGUGCUUCAUGGCAAACACCGGCAUCCGGAUCCACGCCGAGCUCGUGCGCGGCAUCGGCCUCGACCCCGCGGUCCUCUACCCUAUCGUGCACGACCGCCCCGAACCUCUGUACUACACACCAUCUGCGCCCGUGCCCGACGGCACCACCGCGGGCGCGCGCCUAAGUGAAGAGGAGGAGGACCUCGCGGACGCACUGAGCCCAGUAUACGACCAGCUUGCGCUCGCGCGCAGCUGGUGGGUGCUCGAGCUGCUGCCGAUGCGGCGCCGUGUGCAGCGCACCGCGGACGGCCGGUGGGAGACGGAGGUGUACGCGAACAUGGGCCUGUACGUGCACCGAAGCGUGAAGAUGCGGAUGGAGGCGGAGCGGGCGGCGGGGCGGGUGUAUGAGCCGAUGGCGAAGUUUGAUGUCGAGCCGACGUGGGUGGACUAGAGCCGUCGCGGGUGCGCGUAGGAGUGUGAGGUUGGGUUUUCCUCGCGACGGAUUUUGGGACGACUUUGUCGCAUUUCGCUGUUGUCGCCGCUCAAGAGUUUCUCUUCUACUGUAUAUUUUGGGGAUAACGGACUUAUUU